AUGGCUGCUGUACUUUGGGCAGUGAGGAAAUGCAGUGUUUACUUGGCCGGUUUACCUUAUUUUGACCUGGUAGUAGAUCAUCGACCACUUGUUCCUAUUCUCAAUUCAAAACUUCUUGGAGAAAUAGAAAAUCCUCGACUGCAGCGUAUGAGAAUGAAACUCUGCAGAUUUUACUUUGCUGCACGGUGGCAAAGUGGGAAAUGUCACAGCAUGCCGGAUGCACUCUCUCGUUCACCAGUUCAGAACCUUGUUGAGGACAAUGAUUUACUGGAUGAUGCAGAUCCAUUGCAUGCUGCUGUUGUAUCGUCUUUAUUAGCUACUUGUGAGGAGGGCAUAAGGUUAGCACCUCUACGGGACCAGACGCUGGAUAAGAUUCGUGAUGCUUCUGCACAUGAUGGUGAAUAUCUGUCAUUAAGAGAUGUAAUAAUGAAAGGAUUUCCAGAUCAUAAGCAUAGCUUACCAGAGGAGUUGCGAGCAUACUGGGGAAUUCGGGACAUGCUGGCCGUGGAUGAUGGUUUGAUAGUUUAUGGACCUAGACUUCUCAUACCUCGCAGCCUGCGUAGCGAAACUUUACAGUGUCUACAUGACGCUCACCAAGGAGUGGACCGCACCAAGCGUCGAGCACGCCAGACUGUAUACUGGCCAGGGAUUGACAGGGACGUUGAGAAUACAGUGAAGUCUUGUUCUCGUUGCCGAGAGCUGUUACCAAGUCAGCAGAAUGAGCCUUUGAUGCAGGAAGACUUGCCAAGUCGAGUAUUUGAGUCCGUGUCUGCUGAUUAUUUUCAUAUCUCUGGCAAGACAUUUCUUGUGUACGUUGAUCGCCUAUCAGGUUGGCCGUAUGUACUCUUCGUGCAAUGGAUCAACUUCUGCAGCUCAACUAGUUAG